ACUGAACUACCCGAGCCACAUAAAACAAAAGAGGGAAUUUCUACCAGACUUUACACGACACUCUCUCUUUGUCAUAAUUUUGCCUGAACCAAAGCAAUGCUUUCAAAAUUCCACAAAGCAUCCGAUAAGGCUAGAAGGUUUUUACAAAACAAAGCUACCUUGUUCGUUAGGAACCUUACCAUGACUAAGAACACCUCCAAAGUUCAGGCUCUCUAUGACCUCUGCAACACCACCUUCACUCCCUCUCCCUCUGGAGCAUCUCCUCCCUCUUCUCAAGCUAUACAGAGGCUCUGUUCCCUUCUGGACACAUUUGGUCCAGCUGAUGUUGGGCUUAAAGAGGAACUAUCAGAUGAUGAUCGAGGACAUGGAAUUUUUGGACUUAACCAACUAAACAGGAUAGCACGAUGGGCACAACCAAUAACUUAUUUGGACGUAUAUGAAUGUGAUAGUUUUACGAUGUGUAUAUUUUGCUUUCCUACUUCCGCAGUUAUUCCACUCCAUGACCAUCCCGAGAUGACUGUUUUUAGCAAAGUUCUCUAUGGCUCUAUGCAUGUGAAAGCUUAUGAUUGGGUUGAGCCUGCCCAAAUCCAGGAAAGAAAAGGACCUAGUUCCUUUCCAGUAAGAUUGGCGAAGUUGUCAGUUGAUAAAGUUUUAACAGCACCUUGUGGGACCACAGUUUUGUACCCAAAGAGUGGGGGUAAUUUGCAUUGUUUUACUGCAGUCACCCCUUGUGCUAUACUUGACAUCCUCUCACCUCCCUACAAAGAAGAAGCAGGCAGAAAAUGUAGCUACUACCAUGACUACCCCUACUCUACCUUCUCAGCAGGAAAUGGAUCUUUUGUAAGAAAUGGGAAAGAAGAGGACUAUGCAUGGCUUGAACAGAUAGAAACACCAGAUGAUCUCUAUAUGCGCCAGGGAAAAUAUGCUGGCCCAGCCAUUCAGUUCUAGGCUUCUAGCUGUCUCAUCAAUUUUGUUUAGCGCACAAUUCUCAUUACGUUCAGUUCAAGCUAUGGGCCAUAGAAAAUGUUAAUGCCAUGUUUGCUUCCGUAGUCUUGCAAAAUAGGUACUAAAAUGCUGAUGCAGUGUGCUUUAUAGAUGAUUACCCCUUACUUUCAUGAAGAAAUACCUGAAGCGGAAUAUUCACAGAACUGUAACAUGAAGUCAUUUGGAAAUCCAUCUAUAUUCUCCAAGUUAACUGGCCAUUUUUGUUAAUGUUUAAGGAUUUCAAUUACAUCAAUCAUGAUGUUAUGUUUAUUUUUGA